AUGCCGUUCCCCUUCGUCCUUCCAACAACGUCAGCAUUCUCCUUCUCGUCCUGCUUCAGCUGCGAGUCGCACCCCUCGCUCGCCAUCAACGCGAGCACCCAGCGCGGCAUCCUCCGUGAUGCCCUCAAGAAGCACAAGCGACUGCCGCCGGCCGGCCGGUCAGGAAAUCUUGCCACGGUGAUCAACAGUCUCGAUGGGUAUAUCCCCUACCUCUUCGCCGUCGACGCCGGUGUCAGCUCCCAGACGAGCGUCGGAGGCGAGGGCAUCAGCGUCGUCCUGAAGACGGCACCGUCGAUCCACUGGAGGCCAACACUGACGGGCGAUCUCGUGCCGGGGCGUGAGAGGUCGCGUGUCGUGACGACUUCGCUCGAGUAUGAGAUAUUCUUCGUCCUCUCCACCCUCGGCCUCGCCUACAUCCUGACGGCCAGGUCGUUGCUUCAACCGCUGCACGUCACGACGGGCGGUUUUGUCGGGCCCAGGGAGAGAACGGCGGUGAUCCAGGCGGCCAACAAAUACCUUCUCGACGCCGCCUCCCUGUACGACUACCUCGCGGCCCGGAGCGAGCACAUCUCGAGCGCCCCGCCAUGCGUCGAUGUGGCCCCUUGCACGGCACGAGCCUUGGUCUCCCUGACCCUCGCAGAGGCGACGCUGUUGGCCGUCACCAAGGACGAUGCGUAUCCCGCCGCCGUCGCGCAGGAUAGGAACAAGAACGACAAGGAGUGGAUGUUCAAGUCGCCCGAGAUACCAAAGACCAAGGCCCAUCUGAACGCCCGGUUGUGUCUUGCCGCCUCGGACCAUGCGGCGAAGGCGGCCUCGUUGUGCAAGUCGGCAGGCGCGGGAUCCAACAGGAUCAGCCCCAGUCUCGUCAAGUACAUCGAGGACCUCGGCAAGACGAGCCGGGCCAAGGCAUGCCGAUUCUUCGGCAUCCAUUCCGAGAUGGACGGCAAUACGGCCGAAGGCAUUGGCUGGCUUCGAGCGGGCUUUCAAGCCCUCGACGUCGAUGUCCGAGACAGGGAUUCGCACAAGGGCCUGCGCUUCAGCCGGCUGAAGAAGGGUCUCUUGGAGAAGAGAGAGGAUGGACGGGUGGAAAGGGAGACGGCGUGGGGUGCCGAUGCGGGCCGGUUCGAGGAGACGAGAGUGCUUGAGCUUCUCGACGCCAAGUGGAACAAGAUCAACGACACGAUGAACACUCAAUCCGUCCCGCCCGUCAACUCGCUCCUCGCCAAGAUGCCAUCGGGCCGUGAGAUUUGUACCUUGCAGCCCUAUCAUCCACCUGUCCUCGACAGAGACGUCCUCGAAGCGAUGCGCGCCCCACCAGAUGGAGAUGAUGGCAGGGUGGCGAUGGAUGAUGCCAGCUCAGACGACGAGGCGAGUGGCAGUCCGCCGGGACCUGCCGGAGCGUAUCCUGCAACGACGGACGACUAUGGCAGCAAUCCAGGUCCAAGAAGUGCCUAUUACUGA